UUCGCACAGUAGCAAAAGAAUUAAGAUAAUCGGCGAUCGAGAGAAGUAAAGAGAAAACCUGAGAUAGCGAAGCAAAGAUGAUGAGGAAAUCGAGCUCGGUUGCAAAGCUUUGGGAUGAGAGAAGGUUGCGAAAAUCGAUCGAGAUAACGAAGAAUCUGGCUUUGGCAUCCUUCGGGCUUGUUUCUGGAUACAAACUCGCGUCUGCAACAUACGACACUCGUUUACAAUACGUUCUUGCACACGAAGAGAGAACUAUGGAACGUAUUGCUAUGACCAAGGAACUGAUAAGGAGGGCGAAUGAAUCUCUAAAGGCCAAAGAGAAGAAAGAAGAGGAGACUGGUUCUUCGGGUCCUGGAAUCGUUGGAACAAAUCCAUUCUCUAGUUUUCAUAAAAUGAGUGAGGGCCCAUACUUUCUUCUCUCGACUAAUAUUACUUCUGACCAGACCCUGUUUAUGUGGGUCUCAACCUCAAUUCUUAACCUCAAGUCUUGUGGGUUGAAUCAUCGGUUUGCGAGAACUAAGGCUUUUCGAUAUAUCUGGUCUAGGACUUUUUUUCUUCCUUGGUUGGCUGAUUAUAACCCCAGACUUCAGAGCGAUUCCAGUAGUUUAAGCUGCUUUGCAUCACGACGUUAUGCUUCAAAUGCAGGAGUUUGUUCCAGUGAGCCUUUUGGUGAAGACACUGAUACGAUUCUGAAGAUUAUUAUACUCCCAAGUGAUGAUGAUUGUAUUGAAACUAUUAGAAAUGUGCUUACGAAGCACAGUUGGAUACAAGGCUUUGAGAGUGGGUUUAGUAUUGAACUUGACCAAUACAAAUUCAUCAGAAUUUUGGAUGAUUUGUUUGAGGAGACUUCGGAUGCAUCUGUUGCUCUCUACUUCUUCAGGUGGUCAGAGUUGUGGAUCGGCGCUGAGCACUCGAGCAGAUCCAUCAGCCGUAUGAUUCAUGUUUUGGUAUCUGGGAACAUGAACCAUAGAGCUGUAGACAUGCUUCUGCGCCUCGUGAAGAAAUCAGACGGAGAAGAGAGAUCCUUGUGUUUGCUCAUAAAUGAUCUUUUCGAAACUCGUGGUGAUCGUCGCGUUCUAGAGACGGUGUUUAGCAUGCUGGUUGAUUGUUGUGUUAAGGAGAGAAAAACAGAUAUGGCCUUGAAGCUAGCUUACAAAAUGGACCAGCUUGGUAUCUUUCCUUCGAGAGGGGUUUGUGUCUCGUUGCUCAAGGAGAUUCUACGAGUCCACUGUUUGGAGUCAGCUCAGGAGUUUGUUGAGCGCAUGAUCAGUCGAGGGAGGCAUCUAAACGCUGCGGUUCUUAGCUUGUUCAUCAGCAGAUACUGCUCUGAUGGUUGUUUUGACAAAGGCUGGGAGUUGCUUGUAGGGAUGAAACAGUAUGGGAUCAGACCAGACAUUGUUGCAUUCACGGUGUUCAUUCAUGAGUUGUGUAAGGCAGGGUUUCUGAAAGAAGCGACUUCGGUUUUGUUCAAUCUCAAACUCUUUGGCGUCUCUCAGGAUUCUGUAUGCGUCAGUUCUGUAAUCGAUGGGUUCUGUAAAGUGGGGAAGCCAGAGGAAGCGGUUAAGCUCAUUCAUUAUUUCCGUCUUAGACCAAACAUUUUUGUGUACAGUAGCUUUCUGUCGAAAAUAUGUGACGAGGGAGACAUGGCAAGAGCCUCUACCAUAUUUCAGGAGAUCUUUGUGUUGGGGCUUCUUCCUGAUUGUGUUUGUUACACUACUAUGAUCAAUGGGUACUGUAAACGAGGCAAAAUGGAUAAAGCUUUCCAAUAUUUUGCAGCCAUGUUGAAAAGCGGGAACAAGCCGUCUUUAACGACGUAUACGCUGCUUAUUGGUGGUUGCAGCAAAUUCGGGAAUGUAGGAGACGCAGAAGCUCUGUUUCGGAAUAUGAAGAGCGAAGGUUUGGUUCCCGAUGUUGUAACGUAUAACAAUCUGAUGCAAGGGUAUGGGAAGACUCAUCAGCUGAAUAAAGUUUUUGAGCUCGUUGAUAUAAUGAGAUCUGCUGGUAUCUCUCCGGAUGUUGCGACCUAUAACAUCUUGAUACAUAGCAUGGUCCUUAGAGGAUACGUCGAUGAAGCAAACGGUAUCAUCAGCGAGCUCAUCAGACGAGGGUUUGUGCCUAGUGCGUUAGCAUUCACCGAUGUGAUUGGUGGGUUCUCGAAGAAGGGAGAGUUUCAGGAAGCGUUUCUUCUGUGGUUCUACAUGGCUGACCUUAGAGUGCAGCCCGAUGUUGUAACUUGCAGCGCGUUGUUGCAUGGGUAUUGCAGAGCGCAGAGAAUGCGUGAGGGUAUGGUUUUGUUUGAUAAGUUGCUUGAUGCAGGGCUAAAGCCAGAUGUGGUUCUGUAUAAUACACUCAUCCAUGGAUAUUGCAGCGUAGGGGAUGUUGAGAAAGCAUGCGAGUUGAUUGGUUCGAUGGUUCAAAGAGGAAUGGUUCCGAAUGAUAGUACUUAUCGAGCACUUGUUGUGGGGCUUGAUGAAAAAAAGAGUUUUAUCAACUCAGAAAAGCAUGCGUCCAUGUUACUUGCAGAGAUUCUUGUAGCAUAUACUGCUAAGUAACCUUUGAAUUGUUUUUUUUGUACUAAUCUGGAUAUUGGAUUAUUGUAAAAGUUAUUGAUUACCCGUUUGUUUACCGUUAUUUAGCUAUCCACUAGUAAUGAAAUUUACAGUUACAAGA